UUUAAACCGGAAGUUAACUGUCAAUUAAUUUCCAAUUCCAACAAAGAGCUAUUUAUGAUGGCAUUUUCUUCUUUAAUGUAGUUUCAACAAAGAUCAAAGCCAUGGAUGCCUCGCAAGGCUUUGUGGAGGAAAUCGAAACAAGUGAAAUCAGCUUCUACGAGAUUGUUGGCAAAGGUGCGUUUGGUGUGGUAAGCAGGGCAAAGUGGCGAAGUAAAGAUGUUGCCGUAAAGAUCAUUGAGACAGAGAGUGAGAAGAAGGCUUUCCUUACGGAGCUCAAGCAACUGUCAAGAGUCAAUCAUCCAAAUAUUGUGAAGCUUUAUGGGGCUUGCAGUCGAGCGCCGGUAUGUUUGGUUAUGGAAUAUGCAGAGGGAGGAUCAUUGUACAAUGUGCUGCAUGGUGUGGGCCCCCAACCGACAUACACAGCAGCCCACGCUAUGAGCUGGGCCCUCCAGUGUGCCAAUGGGGUCGAGUAUCUACACUCAAUGAAGCCUAAGGCUCUAAUACACAGGGACCUCAAACCUCCUAAUCUGUUGCUGAUCAUGGGAGGGACGGUGUUGAAGAUCUGUGAUUUUGGUACAGCGUGUGAUAUACAGACACACAUGACAAAUAACAAGGGAAGUGCAGCCUGGAUGGCUCCAGAAGUGUUUGAAGGUAGCAACUACAGCGAGAAGUGUGAUGUGUUCAGCUGGGGAAUCAUCCUAUGGGAAGUGCUCACACGGAGAAAACCCUUCGAUGAGAUCGGGGGACCUGCCUUCAGGAUCAUGUGGGCAGUUCACAAUGGGACUCGUCCACCUUUGAUCAGAAACUUGCCUAAAGCUCUGGAACUGCUCAUGACCAGGUGUUGGUCUGGCAAUCCUCCGGAAAGACCGUCAAUGGCCGAUGUGGCGAGAAUCAUGUCACACUUGUUCCAGUUUUUCUCCGGGGCGGAUGAGCCGCUGGUUUACCCCAUCUAUGAGGACGAAUCUCCGGACUACAGUUUCAGUUCGCACAUGCUGACUGGUUCCCAGUACACCACAAAUGCCUCGAGUGCCAUUAACACCAACAACCUGCCAGCGGUUUCGGGCCCGGAGUCUCGCACCAGCACCAUCAGUGAGACGGUGCGACACAGCGGUGACUACGUACACCACCCACCCCUCCAACAGCCGCCCUACAUGCUUCAAAGAAUACAGGCUCCAACAACUGUGCCUGAGGAGGAUAACCUAGCACAGAAGAGUGCUCCGCCCUCCCUGGCUGCGAGUCGCGAGAGCUUGAGUGGGACACACAGCCCUCGGUCGGGCACGCCGGUCGGGACACAUAGCCCAGGGGCACAUUUUGACUUGCAGAAAAGGUAUUCUGCUGAUAUGACGAACCUCCAACAGUAUGAAAUGUCUCAGACUGGUUUACCAGCAGUCCACCCUAAAGUGCUAGGUCACCGUCGGUCGGGAUCGUAUGGAACACCAAUAUUCAUUAUGCCGCCUGGGGGAUUCGUACAAAACUCCCCUGUUCGGCCGCACCAAGGUCGUGGUCACCGGAGAAUAGGGUCUGAUGGCUACUCCGACAUUGUGACCCCGGGGGCGAUGGCCCAGCCCCCAACUAGCAUGAGUAUCCAGACGUCGCCCCCGGCAACCAUUCAUCAUGUUAGCACCUUCCCAGGGUCCCUCAACAGCGGAGGAGGGUCAAGGGAGACCACCCCCACACCACAUGCUGGUUCUCGGGAGAAUACACCUCCCUAUCGAUCAGUGUCAUACAACCCUCCAGUGAGCGCAGAACAAAAUAAGUCGGCCAUCAGAUCUGCCUCCUGGACGUCAGAAGGUCCCGUCAUGCCCCCUCUAAGUGUCAACGUCAACCUUGGACCAGACCCAAGAGCGCCAUAUGCAUGUGCGGGAGUGACCCAUAUCCUAUCAAAUCCGCUGUCCAACCAGGCAAACCAGGCCAUGUCCCUCGUGUACCAGGCUCUUGACCACCAGUACCAGCCUAUAGCGCCGUGUCCGACUAGCGGGGAAUCCAUGGAUAUCUUCCAGAAACACUGCAGGCUGGCCCAGCAGUACCUGCGUUACCAGACUGAGAUUGCCAUGUUCGAACAGACGCGUCAUGAGCUGCGACAAGAACUUCAGCAGGAUGAGGGACAGGACCAGCAGAGUACUGCACAGCUAACGGAGGAGUACAUAAAACUGUCCACUGAAAAUGAGAGUUUGCGGAAGUUCCACCACAACCUGACAAAGCAGCUUGACCAGAUCAGGAAUAAACAGCAGCAGACAAAGCGAUACGGCGCCAGCUGACAUGACACACAUAAUAAGGAACUGAUAUUUAACAACUGUAUGUCAAUCAAGGGAAUUUUGUGAUGGCUUAAGAAACAACUUUUGUCAGGACACGCAUAAUUAACAGAGGAUAAUUAACAUAUGUGUGUCAAUGAAGAGAAAUUUGUGAUGCUUAUUAGCUGAUUGACUGAUGACUUCUUGACGCGACAGUGCAACACCCAUAAUUGUCUGUGGAUAAUUAACAUCUGCGUGUCAGUCAAGGCAAAUUUGAAAUGAUUAUAAUUUGAUAGGCUCAAAAAACAACUGUUGGCAAAUAUAGUAUUCUUCUCUCGUUGGGCCGAAAACACAUGUAUUGUACAGGAAUUGUUUAAGGGGAUGAUGGAGUGAUCAGCUAGUUUAGUCUAAUCUUAUUAGUAUAGUCUAAUCUUUACCAUGGUUGUGAACCUAACAUUAUAUUAAUCACUGUUGUAACACAAAGUUAAGGAAGUGUGUGGUGUUAUGCUGUUUGGGGUGAAGGGAGUUCCUAGAAUAAACACGCUUAUCCAGCUUGGUAUCCACCAACCAAUAAUCCAAUGAUAUUUUUUUGUGUCAUGACAUUUUGGAUAAGAGAAAAGCAGUUAUUUUGUGUGACUGUGUCUGUCUGAUUCUGUGAAAAAGACUUCUACAGUGUAUUCUUAAAGCUGCACUCUCACAGAUUUGCCAUUUUUUAAAUUUUUUGUCUUGGAAAGAGCAAAUUUUUGCGUAAAUAUCUGUAAACCAAUGAUAAAAGAUUGCUGAAAAAAUAUCAGAUCGCAGAUUUUCAUAUUUCCUUUCAAAAAUUAAUGUUUUAUGGCUUAAACUGUUACUAACGGUUUAAGGAAAAAGGACAAAACAUAAAUUUUUUAACUUUAACAUAAAAAUCUUCGAUAUGAUUUUUUGUCAGCGGUCUCAUAUCACUGGUUUCCAUGCAUUUUCGCAUAAAUUGGCUCGUUCCAACACAAAAAAAGUAAAAAAGUUGUCAAAACAUUCAAUCUGUGAGAGUGCAGAUUUAAAUACUAUGAAAUUUUCCAACAGCAUUGAGCAAUAAUAAUUCUCCUAUAUCAUAUCAAUAGUUUAUGCCUUGAAUUAUAAAUAUUCUGGUUUUCCAAAGCUACUUCUCUGUUACAAACAAAAUUAUAUCAUUUUAAUACACACACGUUACUUUGAAACAAUAGAUUCAUUGGUCUUUUACAUGAAUUUCAUUGCUCGAAAUUCACCUUUUAUUUGUAACUGCAUGGGAAAACCCAGUUAUAUCUAUUACCACAGUGCUGGUUGUCAUUCGACCAUUCAAUUGACCUAUAAAGGGACUCUAUAAAUAUAGAUUUGAAACACCUAUUAAUAAUUUGUUGCGGACUUGGUAACCGAAAACGAUUUAUUGUUGCGUAUUCUUUAUGUUAUGCAUGAUUAUGUUGAAUCUGAGUCUCAUGAAGUGAAUUUUACAUGACUGUUGUCUUGGAUAAUGCCAGUCAUGAAUUUUAAUACUAAAUAUUUGGCAAGGAUUGCUUUGAUUGGUGGACCUACAAGUACAUGCAUGAUGAAAUAUUAUAUUUUGCCAGUCAUGAAUUUUGAUACUAAAUAUUUUGCAAAUUAUUGUUUUUGUUGUAUGACCUACAUGUACACACAUGAUGAAAUAUUAUAUAAUGCCAGUCAUGAAUUUUAAUAUUAAAUAUUUGGCAAAUGAAUGUUUUUCUAUUGCCAACCUACAUGUACAUUAAUGAUGAAAUAUUAUAUUAAUAUAAAUAUCUGAAAACAGUUGAAUUUGGUUCUUGUGUGCAACUAUAUUACUGGGUAUAUAUAUUUUUGCUGUUUUGGUAUUUUAGUGUAAAAGAUAUAGCAUGGACAGAAUAAAGUUGCAAUAUUUGUAUAGGUUAUAAAUAAAUGAAUGAAAGUA